CGGCAUCACAGUCCGCCGCCGCCGCAGCAGCAGCAGCAGUGCCUCCGCAGUCGUGACAAACCCACCCAGACAACCAUGAAGCUGUUCGUGUUCUCCGCCCUGCUGGUGCUGGCCGCCGCCCGGCCGCAGGACUCCCUCGACUCGCUCGAGCCCGAGGUGAAGGUUCUCAGCGAGAGGUUCGAGCAGGACGAGCAGGGCAGCUACCAGUACGGCUACGAGCUCGACAACGGACAGAAGGUGGACGAGCAGGGCACAGUUGUGCCGGGCCCCGAGCCGGAGACGGGCUCGCUCGAGGUGCAGGGCAGCUACUCUUUCGUCGGCGACGACGGCGUCACCUACACGGUGACGUACACAGCCGGCGAGCAGGGCUACCAGGCGCAGGGCGACCACCUGCCCCAGGCGCCCGCCCAGAUCCCUGAGUACGCCGAGCUCCGGGAGAAGUACCCGCAGCUGUUCUGGGCCGAGAACCAGCAGCCCGCCGAGGCCGCGCCCGAAGGCGCUCUCUUCUAGACGGAACAUCACCCCCGACCGACCGUCCGUCUCCGAGCACCCCCCAGAUGACGUCAUAAGUCAGCUGAUGACGGUAGCCAUCCGCCGCCCUGUCCACCGACAGCGCCGUGCGCCCGCGUAUGACAACGGCAUACACCCGCGCGCGGAGGCCUCACAGGGUAGUGGCAACGGAGGGCAGUGUUAUUUGUGAUACUGUAUAUAUCAUGUGCGUUGCACUGUUGUUCCUAUUUCUAAUAAAUGUCCAACCAAAUGAA